GUAUAUAAAAAACACCCCAUCCUGUGUGCCUGCCGACUCGCCCACGCAACUCCGACUCUUUCCUUCCCCAAUUCUCCCGUCCACCGGCCGCGGACCUCGCCGGAACCCUAGCCCCGCCGCCCCCCUCCCCUCCCCGAUCGCCCGAUUCGGUGGUCGGGGUGAUGGACUCCGACGCCGAGAUGCCCAUGUCCAGCGACGAAGAGAUGUUGGAUGACGAGGACUAUUACGACUACAGUGAUGACAUGGGUGAGGACGAUGAUGGGAGCGGCGGCGGGGGCGGGGGAGAUAGCGAUGGGGAGGAGGAGGAGGAGGGGGAUGAGGAGCUGGUGGGCGGCGACUACGAGGGCCGCGAGGCGGAGGGGAGCGACGAGGUGGUGUCCCGCCGCGAGCAGAGAUACAUUGUAUUAACUGAAAAGGAUAUAAAUGAGCGUCAAGAGGAAGAUAUAGGCAAGGUAUCUGCUGUACUAUCGAUUCGAAGGGAGGAGGCGUGUGUUCUUCUUCAUCACUACAAAUGGAACAUCAGCAAGUUAAGCGAUGAAUGGUUUGCGGAUGAAGAAAAAGUUCGUGAUAUUGUUGGAUUACUUUUAAAUGGAAUUGAUCUUCCUAACUCUAGAAAGCUAACUUGUGGAAUAUGUUUUGAAGGGUAUUCUUCUGAUGUGAUGAGUUCUGCUGAUUGUGAUCAUUUUUAUUGCCAUGAAUGCUGGGAAGGUUAUAUUAGUGCUGCAAUAAGUGAUGGUCCAGGAUGUUUGUCAUUGCGAUGCCCUGAUCCAUCUUGUGGUGCUAUGGUUCUUCAGAACAUGAUUAAUAAGUUAGCUAAAGAUGAUGAUAAAGUGAGAUAUGCACGAUUUAUCUUACGUGCAUAUGUUGAAGAUAGCAAGAAGACUAAAUGGUGUCCAGCUCCUGACUGUACAUGUGCAGUGGAAUUUGUCAGCGAUGGGAACUAUGAUGUCUCAUGCAAUUGCAAAUUCAGUUUUUGUUGGAACUGCACGGAGGAAGCUCAUCGACCAGUGAACUGUGAGACUGUUUCUAGGUGGAUAUUAAAGAAUAGCGCAGAAUCUGAAAAUAUGAACUGGAUACUGGCUAAUUCUAAGCCGUGCCCAAAAUGCAAACGACCAAUAGAGAAAAACCAGGGAUGCAUGCAUAUGACUUGCACUCCACCUUGCAAAUUUGAGUUCUGCUGGUUAUGUCUGGGUUCAUGGGCUGAACAUGGGGAGAGAACUGGUGGAUUUUACGCUUGUAAUCGCUAUGAAUCAGCAAAGAAGGAGGGAGUUUAUGAUGAGACUGAAGCAAGGAGGGAAAGAGCCAAAAAUUCACUUGAGAGAUACAUGCAUUACUAUGAGCGCUGGGCAUCUAAUCAGACGUCGAGGCAGAAGGCACAAGCAGAUCUGCAAAAGGCAGAAAAGGAACAACUUGCAAAAUUAACAGAUGUUUUUGGAAUACCGGAGACCCAACUGAAGUUCAUAAUUGAAGCUUGGUCACAGAUUAUUGAAUGCAGGCGGGUACUCAAAUGGACAUAUGCUUAUGGCUAUUAUCUGGACGACAAGGUCAAGAGCGAAUUUUUCGAGUACCUGCAAGGUGAAGCUGAGUCUGGUCUGGAGCGUCUUCACCAAUGUGCUGAGAAAGACCUGCAAUCAUUUUUGACUGUGAGAUCUGAUAAUACUGAACCUGCACCAUCAAUUGCUGAAUUCGGUGACUUCCGGGUGAAGCUUGCGGGGCUGACAAGUGUGACUCGGAAUUAUUUUGAGAACCUUGUUCAAGCACUGGAGGCUGGCUUGGAGGAUGUACACUCUACUGCCCAGGGUACCACAUCAAGCAAUGCCACCAACAUCCCCUCCAAGAAAGCAGUCACUAAAGGCAAAACAAAGAAGCAGCUUCCUAGAACAUCUUCGGACAACUCAGAUGAAGGCUGGCCUUGUGAGCGCUGCACGUUUAUUAACCCUUCAUCGGUGGAUGCAUGCAGCGUCUGCGAUAAGCAUAGAUACUAGAUGAAAAACUGGCUGAAAGCCAGUGCCCCCCAUAAAUCUCGAAGCUGUUGAGAAGGUGGGUGCUUACUCAAAGCUCAUGAGAAGAUUGUUGAUUGUAGUUCUGUUCCUAAAUUAUGUGGCGUUGAAGAAGAGCUUCCAAUGGCAGCAAUGGCGUACAUGUGUGAGUGAAGGUCCCUGGUUGUAUCUAGAUUGCAGCAACAAUGCAGGACCGACUAUGGAGCGAAGGUGGAUGGGGUACAAACAUGUGGUAGUCUUUUUUUUUUUUACUUUCUAGCCUAUAUUAUGUACAUAUUAGUUAUGGUCUGUAGUUGUGUUAAUGUGGUGGGCAAUGUUCUGUUUUUGUUUAAAUGACAUGAGAUGAUGUGGUGGGUAAAGUUCCACCCCCUGUACUGACCAACCUGUGAAGCUGGAGAAUGGUAGAUGUAGCUCUUAUCUAUUGAGCGGUCAUGUAAAUUACCAAAGCUCGUCAUAAUCUAUGGUUGAUAAAUCAUGUGGGAAACUGGUGUUUACUCAGCAGUACCUGAUUUCUUA